GAUUUAGGUAGCCAUACAACAGAGUUAUAUAGCCCUAUAACAGUGUUAUGUAGCCCUAUGACUGUUAAAAAGCACUUAUGAAAGAGGGUUCAAUUAAAGUGUUCAAAUGUUUGCCUAUUAUGUCAAUGCUGGUUAGUGAUUGUUGUAAUUUAUCUUUGUAGACGGUCCCUUCAAUCUCUUCAAUGCAGACAGUGGCAUUAGACAAGGGCUGGCAUGUUGGGUGUCAGAGGGACGUCUCUACUACACCAACAUUAGGAAGUGUGCUGGGGUUUCUGGGAAGACAGAGGGUAGUACCCUGGUGAAUUCUGACUGUGAUGAGAACAGCCACCUUCAGCAGUGGGAGUGUAGUAACAACACACUGCUCGCCCUGAAAGGACAGACUCUGUACCUCCACGUCAACGACAACAAUGAUCUGGUGCUGUCCAGAGACACUGGGCCUCGGAGUCGCUGGAUCAUCUCUGGUACAACCGACGGCCCCUACUCAAGGACCCACAGAGAAGAGACAGGUUUCUGCUCCAGUCCAUGGAUUCCCUACGCUAACAGGUGCUUCCUCCUCCAGCGUACUAAGAAGACCUGAACCGAGUGCUCAGACAGAAUGUCGCAAGGACGGAGGCGACCUGGCCAGCAUACACAACACUGAGCAGCACAGCUUGGUGAUGUCACAGCUGGGACAUGAGGAAGCUGACGAGCUGUGGAUCGGGAUGAACGACAUCAAGAUGCCUCAGCUGUUUGAGUGGAGCGACCAAUCCGCUGUCACCUUCACCAGGUGGGACGAAGCCAUGCCAAGGGAGGGCAACUGUGUCUUGGUCAGAGGAGAGGUACGACGCAAGGCUACUCAGGUGGAUGGACGGAUGGUCCCUGAGCCUGGCCCAAGACGAGCCAAACAGAGACUGGCCCUGUGUCUACCUGGACCCGUCCCGCCCACGGCCCCAUCCCAGUACCCCGAGGAGUGUACACAGGAGGAGGAGGAGGAAGAGGAGUUCAGUUUUUGGAACAGCCCUAGGUUCUGGUUGCCCUUCAGAGGGCACUGCUACAGCUUCGUCACUAACCACGCGGAGUGGGCCGAUGCCUCCGUCUUUGCCGAAGCGGAUCCUCUCUGCGUGUGA